GUUUUUUAUUUAUCCAAGAUUUCAAUAUUUCUAACUCUAUUAUAAUACAGAAUGAUGCUGAAGUAGCUGUUGCAAUACAGCUUGCCAGUCAUCUUCAAGAGCAGCAGAUGAAUUAUAAGAUCAUUACUCCAUAUGAUGGACAAAGGAAUCAAAUUCAAAGUCAUAUGAAGAAUGAUGGGCUUGAUUGGCAAGACAAAUGCUUUAAUGUUGAUUCUUUCCAAGGAAAUGAGGAAGACUAUAUUAUAAUCUCUCUUGUUCGAUCUCAUUCAAUUGGAUUUCUCAAGAGUUUACGACGAACCAAUGUGAUGCUUACUCGAUGCAAGAAAGGAAUGUAUAUUCUUACUAGCUGCUCUUUCAUUGAUGGUGCUGGAGGAAGUUCCUUAGCUGGAGAGCUAGCUGAUCAUGUUGGAGAGGAGGCUUGGUUGACUGUAGAGGAUGUGAUUCAAGGCAGAAUUGGAUUGAAGUAGUUAAGAAUCAAUUUUAUCAGAUGUUAUCUCUAGUUUAUCACUGGUAUUUUAGAAACUUCAUAUUUUCACUCAAAAUUGAAGUCUCUAAAAUACCAAUGACAUACUAUAGAUUUCAUUAAGUCAUCUUGGUCUCUACAUGACUCAGAAAUAAGACAACUAUAAAUGACUAGCAACAUUGUCUGAAUGUACAUCUAAAUGAAAGAUAUUCUG